AUGAGGCUGGAGCUGAGCCGCACAGAGGCUGGCCGCUUGGUGCCUGCGAGCAAAGCUGGCUGGAAACACCUGCGUGGUGGAGGGGUCCUGCUGCUGCCCGCUGGUUCCGAGAGCAGCGAGGAGGAGGAGAAGCUGGACCUCUCUUCGGCUAGGAGGCUGACGGACGAGGAGCUGAUGCGAGCGUGCGGGGGCCGCACGGCACACAAGGGUGCCCGUCACGGCCUGACCAUGAGCGCCAAGCUGGCGCGCCUGGAGGAGCAGGAGCGAGCCUUCCUGGCCACGUACCAAGACAAGGAGCGGCAGCGUGAGCCCCCAGAGAGCAGCCCCCCAGCAGAGAGGCAGGAAGUAAGGAAGAAAAAAAGGAAACAGUCCAGAGAUGGAGCCGAUGCCGAGGUGCUGCAGAGCCAGGAGCUAAGCGAAGAGGAGGUGGCAGGAGAGGAAGGGAAGGCCGUGAAGAGGAAGAAGAAGAAGAACCAGGAGCUAAGCGGAGAAGAGGAGGUGGCAGGAGAGGAAGGGAAGGCCGUGAAGAGGAAGAAGAAGAAGAACCAGGAGCUAAGCGGAGAAGAGGAGGUGGCAGGAGAGGAAGGGAAGGCCGUGAAGAGGAAGAAGAAGAAGAACCAGGAGCUAAGCGGAGAAGAGGAGGUGGCAGGAGAGGAAGGGAAGGCCGUGAAGAGGAAGAAGAAGAAGAACCAGGAGCUAAGCGGAGAAGAGCAGGUGGCAGAAGAAGGGAAGGCUGCAAAGAGGAAGAAGAAGCAGCAGGGGGAGGAGGACAAAGAAGAGCCAGCUGAGACAGAGGUACCUCUGGAAGACACAGAUGGGCCAGACCAGGCUGGGCACAGCCCCAGGAAGAAGAGGAAGAAGAGGAAGAGGGAGCCUGUCAGAGCAAAGGCCAAGGCUGCCGUGCUGCGCAGCUGCUGGUACCAUCUGGCUAUGAGGGUCCUGAUCCUGCCCGCUGGUGCUGAUGGGUGCCCAAGGGUGCUCCGGGCUCUUCUCAGGUGGAGCCCUGCGCUGUGGCCCAGCCGUGUGUUCACUUCCUGGGGAUGCUGGGCUGGGACUGGUUGGUCUGGAGCUGGAUCAAGCUUUAUUUCACUCCCUGAGCCUCCUGUGAGGGGUGACCCCCAUUCCCACCAGGCCCUGGGGCAGCGACCCGUUUGCCGUGGGUCUGUUGCAGAGGGACACAAGGGGAACAGACCCCACAGGGUAUUGAAAUAUUUUUUUAGGGGCAUGAAUAAAUCUUUAUUGCAGUGAAACUGUCC